GACUGAGAUUGCGUGUGCGUGCUCCUCCGUGUGUGCGUGAGUGUGUGUGUGUGCGAGAGAGAGAAGAGAGAGUGUGAGUGGGUCGGCGGUGCUGGGAAUCGGACGACAUGAGCUCUACAUGAGUCGUGUAAAAGAAUGCUUUAAGACGCUCUCGGCGUUUGCGUUUGACCCCUCCGAGCCGAGGACGAGCCUGAAGCGGAGCCGCGCGCAGUAAAGGUCCAUCACGACCAGGUGCAGCACUGUCUUAAGCCUGCAGAGGCAGAAUGCCGGAGCAGAGCAACGACUACCGUGUGGUGGUGUUCGGCGCGGGAGGCGUGGGGAAGAGCUCCCUGGUCCUGCGCUUCGUCAAGGGCACGUUCAGGGACACCUACAUCCCCACGGUGGAGGACACCUACCGGCAAGUGAUCAGCUGCGAUAAAAGCGUGUGCACCCUGCAGAUCACAGACACCACGGGCAGCCACCAGUUCCCGGCCAUGCAGCGCCUCUCCAUAUCCAAGGGCCACGCCUUCAUCCUGGUCUACUCCAUCACAAGCAAACAGUCCCUGGAGGAGCUGAAACCUAUUUAUCAACAGAUUCUGGCCAUAAAAGGCAACGUCGAGGCCAUCCCCAUCAUGCUGGUGGGAAACAAGAGCGAUGAAACCCAUCGUGAGGUGGAGACCAAGGACGGGGAGGACCAGGCCAACCGCUGGAAGUGCGCCUUCAUGGAGACGUCGGCCAAGACCAACCACAACGUCACGGAGCUCUUCCAGGAGCUGCUCAACCUGGACAAGAAGAGGAACAUGAGCCUGAACAUCGACGGCAAGCGCUCCGGGAAGCAGUCCCGCGCAGAGAGACUGAAGGGCAAAUGCAGCGUGAUGUAGAUCGAGAACGAGGAGAGGAGACGGAAAGAGAGGAGAGAAGAGGAGGUGGAAGGAGAGGAGAGGGGAGGAUAUGCUGAUCGGGAGAGAUAAAUGAGAAGGACAGGACAAAGGAGAGACUCUCUGUCUAUCCAAUCAAAGCAAAAAUGUUGCGAUGGCAAUGGGAAUCUUAUUAUCCACAUCCUCCAUUUGUUUGAGUUGGGAUUUCAGAACCACAGCAGCGCACCGGAAAGAAGCAGCUCUUCAGAAGUGUUUGUCUGAGUGGGCGGAGGUGAGACGGUGGCGCGGCGUCCAGGAGCGAGGAAAGGAACCCGUGUGGAGGCUGCGGAGAUUUGCGUGCAUCAAAAACAUCGGAGCCAUCGUCGAAGUAGAAUAAAGGUCCCCGAUGAGUUCAAAUCGUUUAUCUUUUCAUCUGGCCUCUUCAUGUGUGCUUCUCCAUCUCCCACUAUCCCAACAUCUUUAGAAAUAACUGGGUUUUUUUUUUUUACUUCUUUAAGAUCAGUCAUCUGCUGAAAUUGGUCCAUUAUGCCAAUAACUGCAGGAAUCACACAUCUGAGACUGCCAGCAUGAGCAGCACUCAGCUGGACAUACAACCCAGGCACUGGACUCCGGUGUAUAUAACCACGGGGGUGUGUAAAUAUCUUCCAUCUAGUCUAAACAUCUUUAGCCUCAACUAAUUACUCAGUCACAGGAGAGGAGCAACUCAAGUCUGACAGCAGCAUUAACAAUUCACCUCAUCGUUCCUCCUCGGAGAUGGAGGGGAUGGUGGAAAAAAUAUGAUUCAUUUCUCUUCUGGUCUUGUAAAAAACUAAAAAUAACAAUUUAGCAACAAAGCCUCUGAAAAUCAUCACCGUAAAUGAGGAGCUUGUACACUGAUACACGCAACAAUCCUUUUAAAACGUUUAUGAAGCGUAGAACGACCGGAGAGGAGGAAGGCGAACCGGAGGACGGAGAAGGAGAAACGAGGCUGCCUUGUUUUACCAGGACGGAUAAUCAAUGCCGAGACGGAGAGACGAAUGGGAGAGGUCGAGAAUAUCAGCUCGCUUUGACACUUUUCACGUGAAAGUUUCUCUUUAUGCCUUUUCUUCUGUCCUAGGCUGUUUGCUUUGUAACGAGUCACGCUAAAUGGGAAGAAAAUUCGUCAAUUUAAAGCACAGUGAAGGAGGGAGAAAAACAGGAGGCUAAAAGAAAACACGGCCCGUUUAGAAAACUGCUGGUCCUGUCUCUGGUUUGACUUUAAAUACACAGCAGACAAAUUUGAACCUCUGGUAAAGAUACGGUAAAACACUUUAAGUAAAAGCAGAAUUAACUAAGACGUUGUGUCCAUGGAACCAUUCCUGACUUGAUUUGACCUAAUGUUGCGAUUCCUUAUCCUGCCAAAAGUAUUGGGAAAUCUGAUUUUUUUUUCUUUUCAGUUUACUAGAAGACGCCACAUUGUUAUUUAAAAAAAAUAAAUCAAUCAAAGAAUUUUAUUCUCAGAGGUUUUCCACAGGAUCACAACUCCUCUGUCAUACCCGUCUCGUCCUUCAGGAUUGAUGAGACAUUUUUGUCCAUUUGCUCAUCUGAUCAAUGAACCGAAUGGUCCAAACACAGUGGAGCAGCCUCCAUGUGUUUGCGAUGCUGUGGAGGUUUGGUGUCCUUAUCGUGCUGCAGAUCAGGUUUGGUUUAGAAGAUUUUUUUACAGAUUCCUCAGUCUGUAGAUUUAGAGAUGUUGCCAUUUUCCAGCAGCGUUUGCUAAAAUCUCUUAUCUUUGAAAGAAACUGGCCUCUGAGACAGCAAGUCGUCGAUUACUAUCUAAUUUGACAAAAUGUGCAAUUUUUACCACCUGCACUGUAGCGUACGUUCGGAACGGCAGAAGCAUUGUUCCUUCCAAAGAGCUAUCAAAACAAAAAAAGUAAAGAGAACAUUUAAAAAAAAAAAAAAAACAUCUAUUUAAUCAGAUUAGCUACUGGAAUAAAAGAUGAAUUUAUUCUAAGGCUCUUUACAUAUCUUUACCAGAGAUUUGUCUGCCCUUUGUGUAUCAUCAUCCAUUUAUCCACAUCAGGAAGCAGGAGUCAGGAUAAACACACACGCAUGUGGGAAUCAUGCAUGCAGUCGUCAGUAGAGAGGAAACAUGCAUAUGGCUCCGACAGUCACUGUUUACUAACCACAUGGAGACAAACAGGGCUCAUUCAGCUUAAACCCCCUCACAUUGCACUUUAUAAUUUCCCAUGUUGUACCACCUAAUAGCUCCAAGUCCAAAGUGCAUCAGACACACACACACAAACCCACACACACACACACACCCACACACACACACACCAUUUUCAUGCAGGAGCUCUUAAUGUUGUACACAGAACAGCCAAAAGCACAAUACUUUUUACCAACAUAUCCUUACGUGCAUUUUGUUUUAUUUAUUUUGUUUUAAGUAUCUUCUGUCUUCUUUGUGUAAUGUCAUCAAUGGCGGCUCUGAGUCCCAUUGUCUUAUUUCUCUGGUACAUUAGCACAACAAAGUCGUGGUUCUGCUGAGCAACAGGGUAUCGGCUGGCCGUGUUUGCAGAGCGUAAUCUGAGCUGGGUGAGCCACAUCAUUUGUUCACGUUCUCUCCAUUUUCUCAGGUUAUGCUCUUAGCAACAAUUGGAGUGGAGGAUAAUCUGCUUGUGUACUUUUUAAACCCAAAGACAAAGAUGACAACCCAUUUUAACUGUGUUCCCUCCUCUUCGGAGAGAAGCAAAAACAACAACGACAAACAAAAAAACAACAACAGCAAAAAAAAAAGCACAGCAACUGUUCCUCGUCCGUCUCCACCUCUUGUGUUUGUGUGCAGCGUUAUCAAAGCUCGGGCAUUUUAGGGGGACGUUUUACUUGAAGACCUGCUCAUUUGAGUGAAACGACCCAAAACGUGCUCCGGAUGCGUCGCUGUAAUAAAUACGCAUUCUCCUAGAGGACCGAAAGGCUCUUCAAGUAAGAUGUUACCCAUGUAAAGAAAUGCUUUAACACUGUCUUUCUGGAGGGAGACUCUUUGUAAGCAAGAAGUGCGGUUACUGUAGUUGCUAUGUACUGUAAUUUUCCAUCCAAUAAUAUUGCUCAUCAUAUCACCUCGCUAUUGAUGCAUCAGCUCUUCAGAUUUAUCGUUUAGAUCCAAAUGUGAAUAUGUAACUAAAGAUUUCACUUCAUGGCUAUUACUACUUUUAUUUAUUUUUUAUUUUUUAUGAAUGUAUUUGUUGUUAUUGCUGUAUUGUACUUUGCACUAAUGUGAGGUCCUCUGAAACUCCACAAUUACCUUGUGAACGUACCCUUUACAUAUUAGAGGCCAGGGAUGCUUUAUUGAUUUUUUGUUUUGUUUUUUUAAAACCUAUAUAUUUAAAUAUAUAUCUAAAAAAAACACAUCUAAUUUAAAUUAUGUUUUCAAUAUUUUAAUUUUGACAGAUGGGGUGCAGCCGACAGGGCAUGUGGUUAUCUAAAUAUAUGUACACAUACAUAAAACCAGAAUAAACAAAAAGACCUGCAGUGAUUUUUCAGGCCCACCUCCGGCGGCUGAUCUGAUCUAAUAGCGGCACAUGCUGCAUUGAAAAAAAUGAUAUUAAUAAAAUUUUUAAAAAUCAGCUCGACACGCCUGGUGGGUUUACGCAAAUGCCAGAUUGCGUGCGCAUGUUUGUGCAAUCUGCUGUUCUGCUGACGUUAACAGGAGACCGGCGUUGUACUCGUCCCUGCAUGGAAUAUGAUACACCGGGGAGGGAGAGGGGAACAAUGAGGCAGCAUGUGAGAGCUGGACGGACCGCAAAAAAACAGGGGAGCAAAGGGAGGCAGCCAGGCUAUAAAUAGACACGGCGUGAAAAUCUGAAACGCAACUGUGCUCGCCGUGGGUUUACUUGACCUCCCGCGUCUGGAGAAGCAAACAAAAGUGGCGUUCGCGUGGAGUUCAAGAAUCAGAGCUUCCCUCAUCUCAUUUAUCUGUUCACAUGUCUGUGUGUAGCAGGGAAAAGCAUUCGUGUGUGUGCACUAGUGUGCACUAGUCUUGCAUUCGCACACUUCGGCCUGCAUGAGCUGCUCAUGCGCGCACCUGAGUGUUGUGAUUGCCGUUCUAACUGAUGACGUGUCAGGCUUAGCCUGUCGCCUGUUGGUUCUGCGUGGGACUUCCGGUGCCACACAAGUUCACCCACACGGACGCACAACAGCCGAACGGGACGUUUGGUCCUGGUUCAAACUUUGGAAAUAAAUGCAAGCAAACCAGUUUUGUAUCGUCGUUAUACUUUAGGUCAUUGUUCUGCCAUCCAAAGGGCUUAAAUUGGAUUUAUCGGACCUGUACAUUUAAAUUAGUUUCAGUAAAAGGCUUGGAAAAAGUAUCGAUAUAUUUUUCACCUGUGUUUCACAAAGAUGGCAAAAAGAAAACCCUGGAGUAACAAGGCUGAUCUAACAUCUAAAACUAUCUUACACAAUAGGAAUGAAUAAAAGGUUUGAGAUAUUUUUUUUAAAUGAGUCAAAACUGUCAAUGUAAAGAUUUAGUUGUACAUCCUAACACUUUGCUAAAUAUUUACUCUAUGGACCACAGUGUAGUUCUUAUUGAAAGCAAGGCCGAAGUUAGUUCCUGUAUGAUUAGGUCCAAAAAAUAAAAUAAAAACCCAACUUCAGGAAAGUACAGUGGAGGUUCUAUCAUGCUACGGGAUGUUUGAAAAGUGAUUGAAUUAACUCAAAUCUAUUUGUUGUAGUUUAGUAAAACAUUGUUUUACAAUUCAAAACGCAAUGGAAAUUGUCACUUACUGUGGAAUGAUUUGCCAUUUAAAAAUAGGUGAAGGAAAUUAUUAAUUCAUUUUCUUGCUCUCUGUUGGACUAAAAAUUUGAAUUUGAAUCAGACUACAGUGAAACAAUCCUCACUUUCUAACGUCAUAGAUGGCUUCAGUUCAACAUGGCUGCUCUUUUUCCGAGACGUUCAGCAGGGACAAUCUAAUGAUCUUCUCGGUUCCUCUCACUGUUUCCUGCAGGGCCCUGCAGACAGGAGUUUGAUGCCAAAAUGGUUCCUGGCAAAACACCAUACCCACAGCUCUGCGUGUGUGUUUGCGUGACCUGCAGUCAUAAAAUGUUAAACUUCGUAGCCACUGACUGAAAAAAGGUUCAGAACUAAAAAUAUUUGAAGAGAAUGCAAUUUAAUUGUUCAACGAUGACGACAGACAUUCUCCUCCGGCAAAGCUUGAAUCUGAAAUAUAGAAAUAUGUCAAAUGUACUUUGAAAAAGUGCUGCACACCCACAGACAGAGUAAAAGAAAUAGCACAAUUCUUAGUUUGAAUAAAGUUAACCUUUUCACUAAAGCAUACAAAACUGGUUCGUUUCCAUAGACAUUAUGUUGAAACUUUCGACCAGGAUUUUUUUUUAAAAAAAGGUGCAGAGAAGCAAAAACACACUUUCCCACUGCUGGAAACAUUCUUUCCCCCCACUUAUUUUCUUUUGCAUUAUUUCCUCGCUUUGCCCGACACGCCCAGUUCAUAAAAAUCUUUCCUGCUGAAACCGGAACUCGUCUCACGCUCGGUCCACUCGUUUUGUGUUUGUGAUACAAACUGACCCUGCUCAAAUCGGGUUGUAGAUAGCUGUAUAUAAUGUCAAAUCGGUGUAAUAUUUCUAAGAUGGGAGAGGAAAAUUAUGUGAUUUUUUUUAUUUGGAUGGGCAUGUAGAGCCUCCUGACUUUCUUUUUGCUGUCCAAGCACGGAUUUAAUGUUCCCACUCGGCAAUUCUUUAAAAAGAAAAAAAAUCUACAGACACAUAAAAUGCUCAAUGUGGAUGAGGAGAUUACAUGCAGCAGCUAAUAGAUCUCUAUCAGUAACAGAGCUCAUAAAAUUAAAGAAUAAGCAUUGAGCAUUCUUGUGAAGUUUAUUUGUGGUUCUGAUUUAAUUAAAUUUAGUACAAUAAACUCUUAAUAUUAUGCACAUUCUCACGUUUUUUUAGUAGCAAUUUGAGCACUGUCAUUAGUGGCAAACAUACUCUUGUGAGAACAGUUAGUAAAUCACCUGUGGCAGGGCCAUUUCUGCUCCUGAAAGGUUUCAAAAUGUUUGCAUGUGGUCUCCCAAAGCAGCGUGGAAAUGUUUGAUUGUGGUAAAAAAAAAAAGAAAAGAAAAAAGAACGGUUCAUUGGGUCCCCUCUCUUCCAAGAAUAGCCAGUUUCUAGCCCUGUUCAGCCAGGUUUUAGACUACGCACCACAGAGAAUUAAAAACAUAAAAAAACAGAAGGAGAAGUGCGUCCACCGACCCCUGCUGACCUCUCCGUGACCUUGUUGGAUCAGGUCGGAUCCUCGCGGGCUGCUUUGGGUGGGGCACACCAACGUCGCGGAUCAGAUCAGGUGGUUUGUUAGCAUCCUGUCGCUCUUCGUUCCUGCAUGGUCCCUAUCGGUGUUCCAGCCAGCAUGAGAACAAAGACACAAACUGUGAAAAACAUCUUUGUAAUUUUAGCAACAAAAAAAAACCCAAAACAAAACAACAACAACAAAAAAAAUCUUUUAUCAGCAAUUUUGGGUUUAAUUUACGUAAAUUGUUCCUUUUUUUUUUCUUUUUUUUUUUUUUAGCACUUUUUGCUUUUGUAAUGAUUUUUUUUUUCUUUUCUGUUUUUGGAACUUUUUUUUAAUUCAGCCAGAUUUAAUGUAUUGAUAUUUAUUCUAGCAAUAGUCUUCCUAUUAAGAUAUACUGUGCUGAUGCAUCCUCUGAAUAAUAUAAUUAUAUAAAUAAAUAUAAAUACAUAUAUAUAUAUACAUAUACAGAUGACAAUAAUCAAAUCUGCAAAAUGAUUUUCAUAAUAAAAUUUGAACUGAG